AUCGAGCGUUAUCUCGUAAUAAAAAGAAAAACAAUCCUAGCAAUUAAUAAUUCAGACCAACAAACAACCGCAGCUCCCUCGUUGAAUUACUUGAAUAUGAAAGCGAGCUCGCAAAGAAAAAACUCAUACCAAAUUCAUUCAUUCAUUCAAUUAUGAUACUCCAAUUUCUUAAUUUCGGCGGCGCCGGACGCCUCCACUUUCUCAACCUCCGAAACCCCCAAAACGCCCCUUUCUCCACAACAACUCCCAUCUCCUGCUCCUCCUCUUCUUCAAUCCGUUGUGUCACCGGCAACGGUUUCCCGGCCCACGACAUCGGCGCUAUUUUGCACAACAAAGUUCUUGUAUCAGCAGUUGCCUCUGCGGCAGUUGGGCAGUUGACCAAACCGUUUGCUUCGACCAUUUUAUACGGCAAGAAAUUUGAUUUGAAGACUGUUUUCUCCUCUGGGGGAUUCCCUUCUACGCAUUCUUCUUCUGUUGUGGCGACGGCAACUUGUCUUGGCAUAGAGAGGGGAUUUGCUGAUGCGCUUUUUGGUUUAGCUGUAGUUUAUGCUGGUCUUAUUAUGUAUGAUGCGCAGGGAGUUAGAAGGGAAGUCGGAACUCAUGCAAAACUACUGAACAAAGUGAUGCCGAGAACCAGAUUAUAUACACCUUCUUCCUCCACAGACGAUGCAAACGAUGUCAUAAAUUCCUAUUCCAGAGAAUCAUCUUCAGACUUAGAGAUCACUGAUCCUGUUCUUUCGGAGGAGUAUAGCUCGUUGCAGAAGAGUUCUCUAUUGCUCGAGUCUGAUAACCGGAUGCGUGUAAGAUCCUCCAGUGUGGUAUCCGACAUCUGUGCAGGAUCGGAAAGUGUAGCAUCAUCGUUGAAGGAAUCCGUCGGCCAUACGGAGAUUGAAGUUGCCGCCGGAGCCUUCUUAGGUUUGGUGGUGAGCUUAGUAGUGUGCCCCUGCUUAUAGUACAACAGGAUAUUAGAAAUUCAUCUCUUGUCACCUAACAUUUGGAGUACUUUUUAGAUUAAUCUUAUACCAUACAUAUGCUACAUUGAUCUCUCAAUAAAAUGCAUUGCUCUCAAUGCAUUUUAUACCAUACAUAUGCUACAUUGAUCUCUCAAUAAAAUGCAUUGCUCUUUCUAA